AUGCGUGAGUUUGGUUUCCUGCCCUCGGGGGAGGGGGGCUUGUUGUCGAAGAUGGCGAUCAGCAACUGCUUGCACAACCUGUGUCGAAUGUUCCAAAAACGGCCAGUCAGCGGUCAAGUUGUCGACUGCGCAUUAGGGCCGAUUGAUGUGUCUGCUGACAGGCCUCGCGAGAGCGGUUGCGGGCUUUGA